AUGGCUCUCGCGUCUCCGGCCCUGAAUGGCCAUCCUUCCCCUCCCUCCCCAGCAGAGCCAUUGGCCGCGUCCGAUGCUGCUGCUCCCCCCGACGUCUUCAACGCCAGCUCCGUCGCCGAGAUCAAAGCCACGCUGUCCCACCUCCACACCCAGGAAGCUUCAGUCACCGCCCGCCUUGAUGCCUUGGUGUCCUCGCAGAAAGAUCUGUCUCGGGAAUUGGGUCGGCUCGACUUGAUGCGCGCUCACAUUGGGUCGCAAGCCAGCACGACACGCAACAUUAGCCAUGGAAUGCUCUCCGAGGCCGCCGGAACGGCUGACCGCAUCUCCAGCGCGGUGCGCCGUCUAGACCUCGAACAAGCUCGGGUGAAGGCCACUCUGGAGGUGGUCGAGCAGGUGGCAGAGCUGAAAGCGUGUGCGUUAGGCGUGGCGGGGUCAAUGGGGGCUCCUCAGGACUGGGAGACCGCCGCCAGCUACCUGCACCGAGCAUCCCAGAUCCCUCCGGCGGUGAUACAUGGGGGCUUUGCCGCUGAGAUGGUACCCACUGCAGAGGUCCCGGAUCCACCAAGUGUGACGCUGGAAAGCGCGGCCGAGUCCUUGUGUGGUCUGUUCCUGCGCGAGUUCGAUAAGGCCGUCAAGGAAAACGACGGAGCGAAGAUCACUCGCUUUUUUAAACUGUUCCCUUUGAUUGGACGCUCGGAGGUUGGUCUGGAUGUCUAUGGACGCUACGUCUGCCAGGGAGUGGCCACACGGGCACGCAUCAACCUCAACGCGGGAACCGGUGCUCAGACCAAGGACGGGUUCUUCUAUGCCAAUGCGCUCACGAAGCUCUUUGAACAUAUCGCGCAGAUCAUCGAUGGGCAUGGAGGUCUGGUCGAGCGCCACUACGGUCCGCGCAAGAUGGGGCGGGUCACUGAACGACUGCAGAUCGAGGCGGACGUGCAGGGCGGCAUCAUCCUCGACACCUGGAGCGAUGAGCGGCACGUGGAUCGCAAGCUGAUGGAUAUCAAGUCCUAUGCUUUUACGUUUCUUGUGCAAAGCUUUUUGCCUGCUCAGCGUACAGGGCCGCAGCGCACGAACUCCCCGGCUCCCGGCACGAUUGCAACUACGGAAGAUGAGGGCGUGGACAUGAAGGAAAUCGACGGUAUUUUGAAUGAAAUGGCUAUCAUGCUGGGUCGGUGGUCACUCUACUGUCGAUUCCUGGCGGAUACAUACAAUCCUCCUGCAGAUGAGGAUGGAAACGAUGAUGAGGACCGCAAACUCAACCUUCCGGACUUUUUGCAGGAGUCAUCCUUGUUCCGCAAGGUCAAUGACCGGCUAGUGGCGCCGUUCAACGCGAUGACGACCUUCUUCUUCCGCCGCUCUGUCGAAAAGGCAUUCCAGCUAGAUGAGUCGCCCUCCGGAUUGACGCUGAAUCCGCAACGUCCACUGAAGGCUCAGCCGCCUCAUAUCACCUCAGCAGUCGACGAUAUCAUGUACAUCGUCAACAAGGUCAUCCAGCAAACGCUGGCCACAUCGCAAGUAGCGGUGGUGACCAACGUGGUGCCGACUCUGUCCCGCGUACUGGGAUCGGACUUCAUCGGGAUGACCCAGCGCAAGAUGCGCGAUGAGUGCUAUCCCCGCGCCGCGGUCCAGGGGGCACAACCCCCAGAGCAGACCGUGAUUGCAUUCCUGGUGCAGAUCAACAACCUCGACAUCGCAGUCGACUACAUCCGCCGCAUUGUUCAGAACAAUACGGGCUCGAAACAGUCCCUUGCGGAGGACAGCCAGCCCAUCGCAACCGAACACCUCCGCUCCCUCUUCGCGGCCCCCACGGCAGCUCUGCGCGUUGCGCAGACACUCUACUCCCUAGCCUCAAGCUUCGAAGCCAAGGUCAACGAUCUGCUGUCCGACGGCAUCCAAGUCGUCUUCAACAACGUCGUCAAGAAUCGUCUUCGCCCCAUCCUCGCAGACGCAUUCCGCGACAUCGAGUACCAGCCCCACCCCGACUCCGACGGCGGCGAGCACGACCUGCCCUCCGACGAUAAUGCCGACGGCACCACCCGCCGCAGCAGCAAAGAGCUCGUCCGCCCGCGCUUUGCAGCAGGCUGGUCCGACCUGCUUGCCCCCAUCGCGCGGAUUCUGACCCCAGCCUCCUUUGACCGCCUCCUCACAGCGACAGUGGCAUAUCUAGCUCGUCUCUUGGAGAAGAGACUCUGGUCGUACCAUGGGCGUGUGAACCCGCUCGGUGCUGCGCGACUGGAACGAGAUGUUGCUGGCCUGGUUAGCGCUGCUGUUGAUGUGGGUUACACCUCUGGUGCUCCCGGUCGAUACAAACACCGCGAGGCAUUCGCACGCUGCGUGCAGAUGACUCUUGUUAUGGGAAUGGAUGAGGAUGAGUGGGAUGAAGUCUUGCGGGGAGGUGAAGCGGCGGAGGUGGUGGAGAAGUUGAGUCGGGAGGAAAGGGUGCGUAUACGUGGAAUGGUGAGGAGAGAUUAA